AUGAAGUUCUCAGCCAUCACCACUGCCUGCGCAGGCGCAGCCUUCAUUGGCAAUGCCGUGGCCCAUCCAGGCAUGGCCAAGGUUGUGAAUGAGAUCAAGGCCAAUAUCAUGUCACGUCAGGGUGGCCCUGUCGAUCCAGCCCUGAACUCCAAUGAGCUCAUCGGCGACCUCGUGACGUUUCAGGACAGCCAGCUCACACCCGUCGGCAAGGACAUCAAGGCCGUGAUCCUGAACCAAGCCAACGGUGAGAGCCUAGAGACAUACGCCAACGUCCCCAGGCUGGGAACACCGCAGUGCAAGGCUGACACCUGCUGCGUGUGGCAGUAUGUCGCCAACGAGAUGGUCACUGCCUUCAAGGGCCCAUCCGGUAGAUGUACCAAUGCAGCGAGGGCUGCCGUCCGUCUCGGGUUCCACGACGCGGCCGGAUGGUCCAAAAAGACGGGGCCGGACGGUGGUGCUGAUGGUUCCCUCAUCCUGAACACGGAGGAGAUUCGACGACCAGGAAACCGCGGCCUCGAGGAGAUCGUGACGCUUACCCAGACCUGGUUCAACAAGUACAAGGGCUAUGGGAUCUCUGCAGCCGACCUCGUGCAAAUGGGCGCCAACGUGGCUACCGUCGUCUGCCCCCUGGGCCCUCGCACCAAGACCUACAUCGGGCGCAAGGACAACCCCAAGCCCGCCACAGACGGCCUUCUCCCGCCUGUUGACGCCAGUGCCGACUUCCUGAUCAAGUUGUUCCAGGACAAGACCAUCCAGCCGAAUGGCCUGGUCGCCCUCCUGGGUGCACACUCCACUGCCCAGCAACGGUUCGUCGACCCCCGCAGGGCCGGUGAUCCCCAGGACAGCACCCCCGGCGUAUGGGACAUGCUCUACUACAACGAGACCAUCAACCCCAACGCGCCGGCCCGUGUGUUCAAGUUCGCAAGCGACAUCAAGCUGGCCGCAGAUCCCAGGAUGAGCAGGCUGUUUACUGCCUUUGCCGCUCCCAACAACGCCGCGCAGCUGCCGUGGAACCUGCUUUAUGCCCGCGAGUAUGUGCGACUCAGCCUGCUGGGCGUCAACAACAUCAACUCGCUCACGGACUGCACCAAGGUGCUCCCUCAGCCCGUCAGGACCUUCGUGCAGAAUGACAGGUGCGAGGUCAAGACGUGGAUGUCGUCUACCAAGAACGUCCCGGCCAUCGCCAACGCGCUCCUGGACGGCAAGCUCAUCACCUCCGUCCCGGGGUUGUCGAGUCUGCUGAGCAACCUCCUGGGUGGGCUGCUUGGGCUCAUUGGCAUUGGCCGCCAGGGGUCAAACUGCUGA